AAUUGUCAUAAAAAAUCGUUUUACUCCUGCUAGAGAGAUAACUAACAUAUUAAAUGAAAUCACAGACAAUCCUAUUUGUGAUCGAACAGUUCGUAGCUAUCUCCAUGGAGAAGGAUAUUAUAGUUGA